AUGCUGGAGCAGGGACAGAGCACCAUGAUGUGGCUGCUCCUCACCAUCUCUUGUUUCGUGCUCAUCGCUGCAAAGUCAGAGGAGAACCCCGAGGUGUCCAUGGAUGUUGGCGAAAUUGUGCGGUACCACGGGUACCCCUACGAGGAGCACGAGGUGCUGACAGAGGAUGGAUAUUUCCUCACCCUGCAGAGGAUCCCCCACGGCAGAGGCAGCCCAGGGAGCUUCAGCCUCUCCCACAAGGCAGGGGCACCGCCAUCCAACAUGUUCUGUCCCCCUCCAAAGGCUGUGGUCCUCCUGCAGCAUGGCCUGGUGUUGGAGGGAAGCAACUGGGUCACCAACUUGCCCAACACCAGCCUGGGUUUCAUCCUGGCCGACGCUGGCUACGACGUCUGGAUCGGGAACAGCCGGGGCAACAGCUGGUCACGGAAACACCAGGAGUUUGAGUUCCACCAGCAGGAAUACUCAGCUUACAGCUUCCAUGAGAUGGCCAUGUACGACCUUCCAGCAUCCAUCAACUACAUCCUGCAGAGAACGGGGCAGGAGCAGUUGUACUACGUGGCUUACUCCCAAGGCACCACCACAGGUUUCAUUGCCUUCUCCUCCAUUCCUGAGCUGGAUCGCAAAAUCAAGAUGUUCUUCGCCUUGGCUCCCAUCACCGCCAACUCCCACAUGAAGUCCCCCCUGGUGAGGGUGUUUGACCUCCCCGAGGCGCUGAUCAAGAUCAUUUUAGGCAAGACAGUGGUCUUUGAUAAGGGUGAGGUGUUGAAGCAAGUGAUUUCCACCAUGUGCACCUACCCCAUGCUGAAGAUCGUGUGCUCUUUGGUGUUUUACCUGCCUGGUGGGUUCACCAACAGCUUGAACGUGAGCCGCAUGGAUGUGUACCUGGCCCGCUACCCUGACUCCACAUCCCUAAAAAACAUGUUGCACUGGCGCCAGCUCUACCAGACUGGAGAAUUCAAGCAUUAUGAUUAUGGCAGUGACAACGUGCUUCACUACAACCAGAGCACUCCUCCCUUCUAUGAGCUGGAGAACAUGAAAACCCCGCUGGCUGCCUGGUAUGGGGGCAAGGACUGGAUCUCAGCCCCCGAGGACGUGAACAUCACCCUGCCCCGCAUCUCCAACGUGGCCUACAAAAAGUACAUCCCUGAAUUUGUCCACUUUGACUUCCUCUGGGGCAAGCAGGUCUACGAGCAGGUAUACAAAGAAAUGCUUGAUCUGAUGGAGAAGGGUGCCUAG